CAAUGUGGAUAAACAUGCUGACAGUGCAUAGCAGCUUGACGACACCCUUCUUUAAAAACUCGUCCAGAGUCUCUGUAAUUUUUCUCCUCGGCCACUAUUUUUCGUCGAAAUGCCAUAUUAUUCUCUAGCGAAGAAUUCCGUAAGCGAAACUUUGAAGUUUCCAAUAUGUGCAGAUUGCGAGGACAUCAUCAAUGUCGCAAUACCAAAGUCAAAGGGCUUUCGCAAUUUUCGACGGUUUGCUUCUUCCGAACCGUAUAGCGCUAUCGAGUACUUUGCUAGGCGAGGUUGCGCAUUGUGCAAGCUCGUACUUGCAAUAUCCCAAAGUCCCAGCUAUUCGGCAAUGAAUAAUAACAGCUCAGGAGGCGGCGCGGUAUCAAAUGUACAGAGAUUCCUGUGGUCAGAGAAUCAAUAUGCGGAUAUUACCAUUCUUCGGCCCGAACUAGCUGGUAUUCGUGGUUCAAAUGUACCCAUUCAAACUCAUCAGAUUGCUAAGUGGUCUGGUUCCACCGCAAGUAUCACGCUGGCAAACAAAUGGGUUCAAAAUUGCAUCAACAGCCAUGAAAGAUGUAAGCCUUCAACAAAAUUAGCUUCAAGCUUGCCAUCACGAUUGCUUGAAAUUAAAUUUUCGAAAACGAGACAUCGUUACUGCGUUCGUCUUUGCAUUGCAAAUAUACCACCAAAUUCCAAAUAUGCAACACUAAGUCAUGUAUGGGGGAAUUUGCAUUUCGUUAAACUGCUCAAAAGCAACUUCGCGUCUUUUCAGAAAGACAUACCAAUAUCCAGCUUGACUAGAACCUUUCAGGAUGCACUUAAGCUGGCUCUGAGAGUUGGAUUCCACUACCUAUGGAUAGAUUCCCUAUGA